AUGCGAAAAAGUCCUCGGCACAAGGAUUCAUCAGGACCGUGGCGCAAUACGCCGUGGACUAAUGUGCACAAAUCUACACUCACAGUUCCACGUCUUCCGGUGCGGCCGACAUACGAAUUGCUUCCACUCGCUUCUUUAAAAGAGAUGAAAGAUACCUUUUCUAUUGUCGCUAUUAAUGAAAAGAAGGCGGUCUCGCACUGCAUCUAUCGCAUCCAAUUUGAAAAUGCGCGCUCCAACGUUACCAAGGAUGAUGUGCUUCGAAUACCUACUCAUGUCUUCUUUGACAUAUUUCCAUUUCAUUUGAUUUUCGACCAUAGCAUGCACGUUCUGCACGCCGGCAAAAGUCUGCUUUACGUGUUUCCGCGCAUUCUCAACAUGGAGUUGACCCAUGCCUUCGAGCUGAACCGGCCGAUGAUCGACUUCACUUGGGACCAUGUAAGAGACGAAUCGACCCUCGGCUGGACCCUUCAAAAGCCUUACGCCAACUUAAUUUCCACUACAAAUAGCCGAGAUGCAUCCAUUUGCAAUUCGUACCACACUUUUUGCAUUUUUAUGUGA